UUACGGAAGAAGGGGAUUGGACUCAUCAGCGCGAUGACGAACUCGGAGACGCAAGCGUGCAUGCAGUGAAGUACCUCAAUCGCCGUGCUAGGCGAACUGUCCUGCGAGCGAUGCUGUAGAUAAUGUUCACUGUGCGGCGACACGCUCAGAGGACAGCAAUAAACAAACACAUAAGACCACCAUGCGAACGCGGACGGAUACACAUUAACCCAAUUGCCUAUCGGCGAAGCCGGCCGGGCAACGGGAGGAUGAACAAGGUAGCGACAAAGAUCUAAGAAUUGAGUUCGUGGCCAUGGCAAUUCCAUCGGCGCGCAAGUGAACAUAAAUACGGUGAAACUCACACAUGCAGCAUGCACGAGAAGAGUGGGAAUGGCGAGCGAAGCAAAAAGGGAGGAGGGGAACGGAGGGGAGCGAGGGCGAGACAGGACGAGGGGGCGGAGAGCCCGCCCCCCCCCCCAGAAAGGCUGGCCGGCGCUACGCCACUGGGGGGCGAGAGCGGGAGGAAAGAGAACAGGUGGGGACAGUGCCCCGUGCUGACGUGCGCCUUCGUGUCUUCGAGACACCGACUGCUCCUUGUGACUGAUAUUCUGAGACCUGGCCGGCCCGAGGGCCCUGCAAGAACUUGAAGCGCCCAGCCAGCCUGGCCCAAAUGGCCCGGCGACUCCGAUCGGGAGGAGGAGAAGAACAGAAGGAAGGGAGGGCACCAGAGGAAGGGAAAGGGAACAAAGGACACAACACCGAACCAAGCAACUCCACCGAGCACCCGUGCGCCGCUCAGCCGGCCAGUCCCCCGAAGGACCGAAAUUCGGGCGGUUGCUUCAGCCCCAAAGCUGCUGGCUCGCACCAUCCAGGGGGGGAACUCGUUACUUGUCCUCCUCCCCGCAGCGCGGGCGCCCCAGACAAGGAGGGAAAGGAGGAACAAAAAAGGAACACGGAUAGUAAAAUGAUGCGGACGAACGGAAGACACCGAGGCUUUACCCAGAUGCGGCCUACCAGGGCGCGGAAGUCACGGGAAGAUGUCGCGCCCUCCACGAACGCCUUCACCCAAAUGUCGUUCAUGUCCAACACCUGGCUGUUCAGGGCGGCGUUCGUGGCUUUGGCGGUGGCGUGGGCCAGCAGCGCCCGGCGUGCGAAUCGAAAGCUCUGGUAUACCGUGAAACGCGGCCCCAGCAGCAAGAACUCGUCCAACCGAGCGCCAGGCUCCGGCGUCUCCAAACCCAACCUGCGGCGCGCCAGGCCCACAAGCAGGCUGCAGAAAGCGAAGUGUUGAAUGCUGUAUUGGCCGCGCCCACAACCGAAGAGACGAGGUGAUCUCCUCUGUACGCGGAGACGUACAUUUGCUGAUCCCCUUGGGCAUAGCGAUCGCCUUGUCGACCUUGCGGCCUGGAAGAAUUUACAAUUGCCAACUGCCGAAAUCGGCACCGCGCGUGGCAGUAGAGAUCGUCGAGCAACCGCGUGCGCAGUAAUACGGAACAGCGUUUCUGCCAAUGCUUUUUGGGGGUUGCCGUGGCCUGAUCACAUUGCGCAAGCUCGUUGACACUGCGCCCGAUCCCAGCAGCCUUGACGGCGAGACGGUCCGGACCUGAGCCACGUUUGCGAGGAAAUUGUUCUUUCCCCAGUCACUCCAAACAACCUGGCGAUCGAGCCAAACUGCGCGCGGUCACUGUUCAGGCCAGAGAAUGACAGGGCCGGCCGACAUCGAGGCCGCCAAAUUCCACGCUGUCCCAUCUACAAGCCGGGCAUUUCGUCGCCACGGACGCGGCUCGAGAAUCUGGGGACUCUGAAGGGAGCCCAACCCCGAAGUCUUGGGAAGAAGGUAUUGCACAACGCGCGCUCGGCGUCGUCCCAAUAUGGUGUAUAUUCUUCAACUGCAUCGAACAGCUCGCCAAAAGAGAAAAUUUACAUGUGGUAAGCACUUAUGGAAGCCAGCUUACUUCCUCCAAUGGAACACCAUAAUUUCGCCCUCUCGUGCAUUUUCAGGGCUGCGUUUGUCCAAAUAUUGUGUUUCUGGCCAGGGCCCAUGUAGAACCUGGGGUACGUGGCCCGGUCGGCGAUCGUAAAGUCGCCUUGCAUUGGCGCGCAUCUCACGACAUCAUCUCUGGCCGCCGCAUGGAACCGCGCUCGCUGAAGACGGUCCCCAGCACCCCGACGUCAUGCUGUCUUUCUGGGAAUGCCAUAGGAAGGUCAUCGGCGCAUGCUUGAAACACCGACCGGAGAAGUAGCCGCGGUGGUCUUCGUAGCAGCACGUCUGGAAGCACCGCGGGCAUCACAAACGAGAGCGGUAAACCUUAUCUGACCCCAGCGGACAAACAUUCCCCGGCAUAGCCCCCACGCGAUAUGCUGCAACUGUCGGGUCAGCACGGGAUCUCAACGAGUCUCGUGGCCCAGUAAUGCCAACCACGAACUUUCACAACUUGAACAAAGAACUCGCGAUCGAUACUGGGGAGAGCCUCUUCGACAUCGAACGCAACAUCUUGGCAAAAAAACGCGUUCAGCAUCGAUUCUUCGAUGUCCAAAACGGUCGCCUAUAUUGAGCCUCCUUUCAACAAUUCCCACUGGAUAAAAAAAGAAACCUGGGUAUACAAGCGGGCUCGAUGUGCAACCGUACCGCCCCGCACAAAAUGCGGUUGUCAGUGUUCGUAAUGCUGAGUGGGCGCAUGUUGCCAGCUGGGAACACAUCCGUGCCGUCUGCAAGCGUGGCAGCCGCUAUCUUCGGCAAUAACUUGUUCGAACUCUCUUUGAACGUGGCCCACUCCUCCUGCACAGGGCGCAUGCCGUCGUCUCCGACCCGCUCCGGGAACGCAGCGUGAAGAGCACGUAAGGCGACGUACACGAUUCUGCGCCAAGCUCUGAAAUGGAUACCAUUCUUGCCUGGCCAACUGUCCCCUGUGAGGACAAUGGCCCGGCGGCAAGUGUCCAGUGGGACGCUCUGCCACGGCAGGUGCGAAGAAUACUCAUGUGAAAGGUUCUCGGCGUCCCCCCGGAGCCACGAGUCCCGGAGCGUGCUGUCCGUGUCUGUAUCCGUGGCAACUGUACCCCGAUGCUUUUGCAACAGUUGGAUCGUUGCGAGCGGGUCUGUAGUUGCUACGCUGCUCGAAUCGCCGAUGGCAAAUUGCUUGCAACUGCGCCCCAGGGCCAAACGGCAAACCAACUUGUGAUUCUCCCCUUUUCUCCGAGACGCCUGGUCCACUGUGAGGUUCUUCAAGACAUCGAUUUCGACUGCAAAACUG